AUGAUAGAGAAAAAUCGUGAUGAAGUUGGAAUCCGGAUAAUAGGUGUAAUCUCGACCGGAACCAAAGUGAUCAGUUUCAUUGGUCACUACCAAAUGAUGAGAAUCGUCCAAAGAAACAUGAGAAAUGCGAAGCAUGCAUAUCGACUUGGAUGGACACUUCUUAUCAUGAAAAUCGUAUGUGUUAUUCUGGAGUAUAGCAUUCUCGCAGCAUUCUUGAUCUUUAUGAAAGUUUCGGACUUGGUUAUUAUCGGAUGGACAAUCGGAUUGACUUUAUAUCACACAGUUCUCUCUAUCGUUCUUCACGUUGUAAUCGAGUAUGCAUUUGAACCACUGAAGGCCUAUAUCGUGGAGUUGGAUUCCAAAUUCUUGCCACUCCAACCUGUCAAUAGUCAUAGAGCACCACCCGGUCAACCAGAAGCAGCCACCGUUUCCGGAGAAGAUGCAUAA